GAAAAAGGUUUUAUAUUUUUUCUGGCUUCGGCCCCUCCGAGCCCGUCCCAGAACUUAAAUGACAAACAAGGUCUUAUGAUUUUGUCCUGGCUUCGGCUGCCCCAUCUCACACGAAGUUCUGCAUGACAGAGCAGCGCCCCCGAAAAAAUCAGCACUUGAGCGCAAAAUGACCGGUUGUAAUUCAUGAUUCACGGGUCUCGCUGUUAAAUGACCAGUUUCGUGAGCUGUGAUCUCUGUUGAAUUUCUUGACUCGCUCGCGAUUCGUGACCUGUGGUUCGGUUCUCGGAGCCCCGGACAAGCAUCUGUGAUUCGCAGGCAGGAUGUCGCCGGCCGUGUCUGAGAUGAGAACCCAAGUCGCGACCCUGUCAGGAAAAGCGGCCAGACGCAGCGGAGCGUGAGCGAAGCAGACAAGAAAGCGUACUGCCCGAGUGUCUCACAACGACCUGGCAAGAAAGAGUGACCUACCUUUAGCGUCUUGUAGCCGAAGACUUUCUUCGAAUCAGCCCGAAUUCACAAAAGGGUUAGUUAAGGCCUAAGACAAAGGCGGCUGCGCGCCCGGUGAGUUCCAACAAUGCCGAGAGAACGAGGUUGAGGGUCCCAAGCAUCUUUGUCUUGGGCGCUUGCGCAAGGGUCGUGGCCACGGUCAGCGUGAGGGCUUUCCCGGAUGGGAGCGCGCUGGGCUCAAGAGCGAGGCGAUGAGACCUGGCGCGCCAGCCAAGUGGCUGGGCACAAGGUGAUGUUUCGCGCCAGUGACAUCCACGGUGCCCCAGCCGGGCCGCGAGGCCCAGCGCUGACUGCGGCAGGCAAGGCGGCUGUGGUGCCGCCUCCGCCGUGGCUGGCCCCACAGGCUGCCAACGCUGGCAAGGCUUGGGGCAAAGGUAUGGACAUGGGCCCAUGUGUAGUGACGCCUCCCUGGGUCGGAGGCAAGAGUUGGGGCAAAGGUGAUCUGACCAGCGCAGGAUAUGAAUAUGGACCUGCGAAAGCUCCGCAGCUUGCCACUGUGUUUGCCGCCCCUUAUGCGGGAAAAGGAGGCACCAAGACCAGGCCACCUGGCAAGUCUGCAUGGGUCCCUGGCGCAAGGCAACAGGUAACUCCGAACACCGUCACUCUGCUGGGUGCUGGAAGCCUGCCCGCAGGCAUCGAGAAAGAUAUCGAGGAGCAGGCAAGGCAAAUCUGCAUCCAGCACUCCUUCAGCACUCCGGAUGAGGUGAGAUAUGUGUCACCUUCCUUAGUGUUGAUUGACUUCCCGUACCAGGAAGCUUGCCGGGAAUUCCUUCGUGUUUCCAAUGGGCAGCUUAAGGUCCGGCAAUGGGUCUACAGGUUGCAGCACUCAAAUGCUGCCAUCAGCGAAGGUGAUCAGGAUGCUAUCACAGAGAGUGUGGAGGAGAAUCCUUCAGACACACUGAUGGUGCGGCUAAUAGGAGAGCUAGAAGAAGGUCGAAUCAAGAAGGCAUUCCAAGCCCACGUGCCGGUGGUGAAAGCCGUGCGGAUGAUGCUGGAUAGAUCAACCAGGAAGUCAAAGGGCUUCUGCUUCGUCUCAUUUUACUCCGUUAGCGAUGCCAUGACAGCAAAGAACCGGAUGAUUGCAGCCGGGUCAGUGAUUGACGCCAAGAAGGUGGCCAUCAGCUUUGCCAAGCCGCAGACGCAAGAGCAGGCGCUGGAGAGCGACAUGAACGCCCGAGCGGAGCAGCACGUCAUACAGGCCCAGGCGCAGCAGGCCUUGAGUGGCGUCAACGCAGAGAUGUGGUCUUCCUACAUGCAGUUUUGCGAGGAAGAGAAGGAGAAGGAGAGCAGAGAGAAGCAGGCGUUGAUGGAAGCCUUGGAAGCCAAAAAGCGUGCUCUACAGGCAGCAGUUCCGCUUGAAACCGGACCUGAGAGCUCUGUUUGAGACGUAGAGGAGUUUGCGCAAUCAUAUAGUGAAAAAGACGAAGCGGGCGACGCCUGAGGGAAAGCGUGAGAUUCCCUCGGCAUUUGGGGAGCAAUGCGCAAGGUGUGUGCGGAUGCGCAACUCCUUUUUUUGCAAGGG